AUGUUCUCAUCUUCAACACCAACCUUUCCGUUUAUGUUGAUUGACUACCUCACCAACUUCUCAUCCGUUGAAGACGAUGGUCCUGUGACAAAAUGGUACGGAAGCAGUCCCCCAAAUUGCUACAAUCAAAAGGAAAUAUUGAUUAGAGACUGGAAACUCAGGGAGGAGGUCCUUGAAGCGAUGACUUCCGGAUUUUUGCGUAAUCAAUCAUUGGGAUUCCCUGAUUAUUAUCUAUCUGGUAGUGGUGAUAAGUUCCCUAUUCUCCUCAAACACAAACCCUCUGAACCGGAGUUAACAGAGGUAAGUGCAAAUCUACCUCCUUUGCCUUGUGGAACCAAGAUUCAAAACAUUGCCAUGUCUUGUUUUUCUGACCGAAAAAAAGAUUGGGUGGUGUGUGUCAAGUUACCUGGAUCUCAGUUGAGUCUUUUUAGACCUUUUUGUAACUCUAAAUGGAUAAACGUCAAACCAAUGCCUGAGUGUAUAAGCUCUCUCUCGAGUAUCAUGUUCUCCAAGAAAGAUCAACGGUUCUACAUUCCAUCACCUGGAGGCAACCAUUUGUGCUCUUUGGAUCUCAACUUCAAUGAAGAUGACAAGCCUCGGUUCUUGCGCGUCGGGUUUGAAGAUUAUCCUGAGUCGGUGGUCAGCGAGUUGGAGGAAUUGAAUUCUUGUUCCAGGACAGACCAUCUUGUGGAAUCCCCCACUGGAGAGCUUUUCUACAUUAAGUGGUAUGUAUUAUGACUAUAACCUACCUAAUCCUUUUUUUUUUCUUGACUAUGGCAUUGGCUUAAUCUUGUUUCUUUUGGCAGGUAAGGUGAGGAGUACGAGGGUGAGGACUUGGAUGAAGAUGAAAACUACAACGAUGUGGUGAGAUCAUUGACGCACAAAACCAAAAAGUUCAUGGUGUUUAGAGAGAAAGAAACAGGAUACGCUGAAGAAAAGAAAAAUGAGGUUAUAAUAUACACAGAAGAAGAUGAUAAGACUACGACCUACACAGAAGACAUUGGAGAUCUCUGCAUUUUUGUUGGACAUAGUCAGGCUUACUGUGUCCCGGCCAGCUCGUCUCCUGGACUCAAGCCUAACUGCAUCUAUUUCGUGGGCUACAGCUUCGGUGUUUAUGAUAUCACCACAGAAACUUGCACUACCUUCUUUACCAGAGAUGCUGACGAAGAAGAUAAUGAGAUAGUUCCGUUAAGGAGAUUAGAUUUCCCUUACUGGCCUCCCCCAUUUCCGAUCUCUAGGUAAGAACUAAAAAAAAGCUUUAGUUUUUUCUUUUGUUCGUGAGUUUUGUGUUCGUUCUCAUUUUCCUUUAUUAUAGACAUUGAUGAGUACACGUAUAAUUAUCCUUGUAUUAAAAGCUCGAGAGCUUCUUGCCUGCACCUUUUUGCUUCAGAAUGCACUCUGAAACAUAUUAGUCACCUUGACGGGAUGUGGUAGCUCGUUUGGUAAGGAUCUUGGGGGCCAAUUGUCAUGUUUCCGGGUUCGACGCCAGGCGGAUGAGAACUGCCCAUCCUGUCAUCAAAUGCGGUACUGGGUGUUGGGCCUUGUCCCCAGCCCAGGUAAAGCCCUCCCGGAUGAAGUGGACCGCUGCCUAACCGGACCCAGGGGAAUGAUCCACGUAAGUGGGGAAGACCUGGAUUAUCAAAAAAAAACAUAUUAGUCACCUGUCUCGUUAAACUUAUGAACCUUGUGCAAAUUAUAAUAUCUCAGGAAGAAUAAUAAAAACAUUUUGCAGAAAGGGACCUAACUUUUAGAAAUAUUACCCUAAUCCUUAUAAAAAACGCGGAAAUUUUUUUUAGACUUCGUGCAAAUGCACUUCUCGCAUUUGGCAAGAGCCGGGGCCGGGUCUCAUUAUAGUUGAGUAAUAAUAACAACAAUAACUACAAGUUUACACUGGUAAACUCAACUGGAUUCCAACGCUUUUCCUAUGAAAACACACAUCAAAGGCGAACAUAAAGGAGGGCUACGAUUGAGGAAUAUACAUCGAAGAGAGAUUUAAACCUUUUCUAGCUUUUAUUUAUUAGUUUUAAAGCUUCUAAUCG